CGCUCGCCCGAGCCCGGUUGAGUAGGGCAGGGGCUGUGCUUCUAGAGCGCUGCCGGUCCGGUCUUGAGCUUUUGCUUUCUGCUCCUCGCUUCCUCCGCGGUCUUUCUGGAACGCUUGCUGCCCCGCCAGCAUGUCUCAGGCUGAGUUUGACAAAGCUGCUGAGGAGGUGAAGAACCUCAAGACCAAGCCAUCAGAUGAUGAGAUGCUCUUCAUCUACAGUCGCUAUAAACAAGCCACUGUGGGCGACGUAAACACAGAACGACCUGGGAUGUUGGACCUCAAGGGCAAGGCCAAGUGGGAUGCCUGGAACCAGCUGAAAGGGACCUCCAAGGAAGAUGCCAUGAAAUCUUACAUAGACAAAGUAGAAGAACUAAAGAAAAAAUACGGAAUAUAAAGGACUGGAUUUGGAUGCCAGCCAAGCAUCCAACCGAAACAGAUAUAAUGCCUCGGUUUUUUUUCUAAUACUAUGGAUGAAGUUAAAUAAUGAAAAUAACCAAUCAUAAUCCACUAAUACAAGGCUCUCCAGGAUUCAGCUCUAACAUAUUAGGGGCUGAACCAGUGACUGGCCUUCGCUGAAUAGUUUUUAUCUAUAGAUCAAUUAAAAGUUCAUUUGUUAUUUUAA